CCUGCCUGAAUACCUUUUUAUUUUAUCAAACAGACAGCUAUUGGCAAUUAAUUUACAUUGUACUUAGAACAAGCAGCCAACACGAUGCAUUACAAAAAACAACCUUCUCAUACCAACAAAUAGUUUAAUUCCUAUAUUUACUACAUCAGACUCUUCCUCCAGCUGUAUCUCUGAUGGAAACAAUGAACACCGAGAAUACUGCACUAUUCCAACCUGCUAACCAAAGACAGAUUCCUUGUUUGUGCCCACAAUCUUGGCCAAUAAAACUGAUUCUGAUGUGAAAAGUGAACAUUUUGCUGAGCAACACAGAGAGGAUAUGGUCGUUUGUUUUAGCUUGCUUCUUGCUUUGCCUGCAGAUUGAUCUCCACUGUUAGACAAGAAAACACAGAAAACAAACGUAACCAAAUUUUGCGCUAAUUGCUUGUGAAAUUGAAAGUAUAGUUGAAAACGGUUGUAACCUCAUAGAAUAAUGGCUGCUCAGCUAAAGAAAAUGGCUUUAUCACAGCCACCAAACAGAUUGUGGCCUUUUACACUGAUUGUUUUUGUUAAAGAUUUUCUGACAGUAGGGAAAGCUCAAGUCAUCAUAGUAAACAGUUACAGUCUGAUUGUUGGACUUCAGCUUCGAGGUUUGCUGCAGAAAUGAAGACGUUGGAAGAUGUUUCAGCCUGAGAGUUCUGUGCGUCACAGAUUUAACAGCUUUGUGUGUUUUUUUUUCUCAUUAAAUGAACCAAGAAUAGGCUCAUUUCUGUCAUGAAAUUCAUUUUUAUGCCAGAAAUGAGCUGUAACGUAAACAAAUGCCCCUACAGAUGUUUACAUCACAGCGCGCGCACAUGGACGUGACUAUGCGCAGCAAGUCCUCGUGAGCGCGCAUCCACACAUCUGUCUCUGCUGAUGCUGACACUCGUUUUUUUUUUUUUUUUCUUACCGCCGUGAACGCAGCAAGGUGUGCGCGGCGUUCCCGCGCGGGUGCACGCACCUGUGAGUGUGCGCGCACGUCACGUCGGCGCAGAUGAAGGGUGGUUCUCCCCUUAUCUUCUUCAGUUUCAGUGUCGAGCUCCUUCACGCAGCAUCUCUGCUCUGCAUCCUCCGGUCUCCACCCUCCUCCUCCUCCUCGGUUCCUCUGCAGGUGGAUGGAGGCUGGCAGCCCCGAAGACGCUCACCAUGCACGGACUCGGCAGCUGGCUCAUCGCUGAGGACCUACCUGCUCCCUGGAGACCUUAUCCCAGAAUGACCCGCGGCUGAACACUGGGUGUCUGGUCCCGAUCAUGGCAUGCUGCCCACACCGACCCUCAAGCACUGACCAUGGGGCUCCGGUCCAGGACCGUCGCUAGCGGCUCUGAGGAGCAGAAGAAGACCUCCGGCGCCCCUGUUCCUCCUUCUGGAGACUUACUGGACCAAAGCGGCGGUGGAGGAGCAGACAAGGAUGGGGCCCUGCUGCUUAUGGGCCGGGAGGACUUCAAGCGGGGCACUCAGGGCAUCACCAUCAGGCUGCUGGCCAAAACCCCCCUGAGCUACACCCGGCCCGUAAAGAGGAAUAACAUCCGCAAGAGGAAGAUCCAGAACCUGAUCUAUGACGCCCUGGAGAGGCCGAGAGGAUGGGCACUGCUCUACCACGCAUUCGUGUUUCUAAUUGUUCUGGGAUGCUUGAUUCUGGCCAUACUGACCACAUUCAGGGAACAUGAGAAGGAUUCUGCACACUGGCUGGUUAUACUGGAAACAUUUGCCAUCUUCAUAUUUGGAGCAGAGUUUGCACUGAGAAUCUGGGCAGCUGGUUGCUGCUGCCGCUACAAAGGAUGGAGGGGAAGGUUGAAGUUCGCCCGCAAACCACUGUGCAUCCUGGACAUCUUCGUGCUGAUUGCCUCGGUGCCGGUGGUGGCGGUGCGUAACCAGGGUAAUGUGUUGGCCACGUCCCUGCGCAGCCUGCGCUUCCUGCAGAUCCUGCGGAUGUUACGGAUGGACCGGAGAGGAGGCACGUGGAAACUUCUGGGCUCUGCUAUCUACGCACACAGUAAGGAGCUGAUCACAGCCUGGUACAUUGGCUUCUUGUCUCUGAUCCUGGCAUCUUUCUUGGUCUACUUGGUGGAGAAAGACGACGGCUCCGUCAAUGUUUCUGACCAGGAAAACCCCACGAUGCAGACCCAGCAGCAGGACUUUGACACAUAUGCCGAUGCGCUGUGGUGGGGGCUGAUCACGCUGACCACCAUCGGUUACGGGGACAAAACCCCGAAGACCUGGGCUGGGAGACUGUUAGCCGGCACUUUCGCUUUGAUCGGAGUUUCCUUCUUCGCUUUGCCUGCUGGGAUUCUGGGUUCUGGCUUGGCUCUAAAGGUCCAAGAGCAGCACAGACAGAAGCACUUUGAGAAGCGGCGACACCCGGCAGCCGGGCUCAUCCAGUCUGCUUGGCGGUAUUAUUCCACCAAUCCAAUCAGGGAAGAUCUUAUUGCCACGUGGAGAUUUUAUGAAACGAUCAUCUCUCUUCCCUGUUUCAGGAAGGACACCUUGGAGGCCAUGGUGAGUCAGAAAGUGAGCUUGCUGGAGCGCGUUCGCCUUUCCAGCGCGAGACCGUCAGUUGGGAUGGUCAAGAAGCCCACGGUUAAUGCCGAAUCCAUUGAGGAGAGUCCCUCCAAGGAGCCCAAACCUGCUGGCUUCAGUAACCGUGAACGCUUCCGCACCGCCUUCCGCAUGAAGGCCUACACCCUGCGCCAGAGCUCUGAAGAUGCUGGAGCCCUUGCAGACCCAGUCUUAGAGGAUCGGGGCUUCCCCCCAGAGAUUCUCCUGGAAGAGAUGAUCCCAACACUGAAACUGGUCAUCAGGGCAGUCAGGAUCAUGCAAUUUCUCUUGAACAAGAAGAGGUUUAAGGAAACUCUGAGGCCUUACGAUGUCAAAGAUGUGAUCGAGCAGUACUCUGCUGGACAUCUAGACAUGCUCUGCAGAAUUAAAUACCUCCAGACAAGGAUUGACAUGAUUCUUGCCCCUGGACCUCCCCUUACCCCCAAAAGCAAGAAGCCCCAGAAAACGCCCUUUAACUACCCAUCCAGUCAGUCACCCAGGCAUGAGUCCUACUUAGCCAAAGCCACGUCCAUGCCAGAUACUGAAGACCAAAGCAUGAUGGGUAGAUUUGUAAGGGUGGAGAGACAGGUGGAGGACAUGGAGAAGAAGUUGGACUUCCUGGUGGACAUGCACAUCCAGCACACAGAGCACCUACAGGUGGACUCAGCGGGCGAUGCCCGUAUGACCCUGGAGGCUUGCGACCAGACCACGAACAGUGAGAUCAGGCGGGUGUUCCUCAAUUACUCAGAGGUGUUCCCACAGAUGUCGUACCAGGUGCCUGUUAGCAAUGUAAGUCCGACCUGCAGCAGAGGACGAGGAAGCAGACAGGCGGUCGGGUUGGCAGGAGGGAACCUGGCACGGCCUGCUGCCAUCCCUACGUAUACAGAGCGUCCAACCGUGUUGCCCAUCAGCUCCCUGCAGGACUUGACGUCAGGGCCGGGCAGGACCACAUGGGGUCGGGGGGGUGACUCGCCGCUUUCUCUGCUGUCUGUGAACCACGAGGAGCUGGAGCGCUCGCCCAGCGGCUUCAGCAUUUCAGGAGAGCGGGAGGGCGAGGCAGGAAUGGAUCGGUUGAUGGGGGCUGCUGUGGCGACUGGGGAGGCCAGCUGGACAAGACCCAGGCCGUGCUACUUGGCUGAGGGGGAGACGGACACGGACACAGACCCCUUCACGCCGAGUGGUGGGGCCCUGCCUCUAUCCUCCACUGGGGAGGGGUUUGGGGAUGCUGAGUGGAACACGCCACCCUGAAACACGUCGGUCGUAACGAUUCUGAGACCUUAAAUCCAUCCCCUGCCUCUUAGCCCAGAACCACUGGGUCAAAGCCACACCUUUGGGCUGAAUCUUUGGGACGAAGGUGAGUCUUAUCUGCCUCUCUGCUGCACGUUCUAAACGAAUGGUUAUCCACCUUCAGAGACCACCACAGUCCAGGUAGAGCCAUGGCAACGGGUCCGUCCCAACAAGAAAAAAAAAGGGAAAGUAAACAGUUUGUAAAAAAAAAACUCUGUACAGUGCACUCACAAAAAUCUAAGUAAAAAAAGAACAUUAUACAUAGUAUAUACACCCAAAAGCUUUACUGCUGCAAAGCCAACCGCACUGCAUGUAACGCAUGCGAUUUUUAGUGUAGACACUGCAAAUUCAGGAUAUAUCAGGAAAAAGAACAGAGAUUGAAUGGAAACAUAUACCUGCUAUGCCAUUUUGUAACACUUAUUUUUUAUAUGAAGACAUCUUUGAUUUUGCAUGGUUUGCAUGAUGCUGCACCAUUCUUGGGGUGAUAAUUAGAGGGCGAUACUGGAA